AUGAAAUCCUUCUCAACGAUUUUCUUGAUGGCCCUCACGAGCUUCAUCGCGGGCAGUCUAGCUGCAAGCUGCGGUAGCACGUGCUACUCCAAGGCAGAUUGUGCGGGCUCCACGUGUGGCGACUGCACUUCGUACGGACCUGGGUAUCAUGGCACCUGUUAUCAGGCAGAUGCAGCCGUCGUGUGA